AUAGUUUUAAACGUCAAAUUUAUCAAAGAAUUUCUCAUUUAUUAUCAAAAAGAUGUUACACGUCAGGUCCCAUCAUUACAAAACUUGAUGAUAUCAUUAACAAUGCGAAUAAAAAUUUAAAUUUGUUGAACCGUUCUAAAGAUUGGAAUUUGAUUAAAAAUGAAACACGGAAAUUACAAAAUCAACUACAGUCGGAAACUUUGUGGAAUGAUCCGUCGGUGGCCACAGUAUUGCAAAAAAGGUUUUCUAAAUUAAAUGAUGAAAUUGAAAGAUAUGAACGAUUAAAUAAGAAUGAAAAUGAUAUGGAAUUUAUGAAUGCUGCUUUAUAUGAUGCGGAAAUGUUAGAAAAAGAAAUAAAGAAAUUUAUAUCAACUUCGUUUAUGACUGAGGAAGAAGAUCAAAAUGGUUGUAUUAUACAAAUUACACCUGGUGCAGGUGGAGCCGAGAGUUGUGAUUGGUCUGAUAUGUUAUUAAAAAUGUAUGAAAAAUGGGGAGUUAAAAAUGGAUAUAAAAUCAAGUUAAUGGAUUACGUUAAAGGAGAAAUUAAGACAUACAUCAUUUGCUUCUGUUAUUGUGUUUCCUAUGGUUAUGAAAAUGAUGGUGUUGGUGCCGGAAAUGUUGAAAUUCCAAAAUCGGAUCUAAGGAUUGAAGUAUUUCGUUCAAGUGGACCUGGCGGGCAACAUGUUAAUGUUACUGAAAGUGCUGUCAGAAUUACUCAUAUUCCAACUAAAAUUGUUGCACAAUGUCAAUCGGGAAGAUCUCAGCGCGCAAAUAAAGUCUUGGCCAUGACAAUGCUUAAAUCUAGAUUAUAUGAUAAAGUUAUGAAGGAAAGAAAAAAAACCAAACAAGUACAAUAUUCAAACCUAUCCGAGAAUGCUUGGGGAUCUCAAAUUAGAUCUUAUGUAUUACAUCCUUAUCAGCUUAUCAAAGAUGCUAGAACUGGAUUUGAAACUACUCAGAUUGAUGAUGUAUUAAACGAAGGUGAAUUAGAUGGUUUUAUGGAAGCAUCUUUAACAAAAUUUACUAAAAACCUUAAUGAUUAA